AUGAUUUACAUUGAAGAAACCUAUGAAGAGUUGGACAAAAAUGCUAGCCAAUGGCAUAGAAUGCUUGUGGAAACACUGAAAAUUAAUAAGAUAAUAUUUGAAGGACGUUCUAAAGUUCCAAAGCUUAUGUCAUUAAUGGAAAUUUGUUAUUUAUUCGGAUUAUAUUUUGUAGCAGCCUAUUUUGUCACAAAUUCUACCAACACAAAACAACGAGGAAAAAGAUUGUUCACUAAAUCCAACCUUAAACAAGAGACAAUCUUAGAAUGGUUAACAAGGAAGAACACCGACACAUAUCCUGGUUUCACUUUGGCUCAUUUGGUGUGUACUUUCAAAUGGCCUGUAAAGAUGGCUCAUUUAGAUCAAGCAAAAAAAAACAAGGUCUAUUUAGCUCAAGAUCUCAUCCAAUAUUUGGGGAAUGUUGACAGAGCUGAUAUUCUUAGUAUCAAAGAUGACGAUGGAGAAACACCUCUAUUCAUGGCUUAUCGAAACAAUUUCAUGAUUCAUGAAUUCUCGGCAGUCAUUGACACAAAGAUCACAAACAACAGCGGAGAAAAAGCUGAGGAUGUGGUUAAUUAA